CAGCCAGCCAAUCGCCUCGCUUUGUCCGCGAAGAAUCUUAGAGCGGGCAGUUCUGUUUCUGAGGGAGCCGUGUUGGGCGCCAUUUUGACACCGUGGAGGUUUAUUUACAUUGAUUUUCCUCACAAGGGCUGAGGCUUUUCCGAUCAGCCUGCAAGCCUGGGCCAACCUGGGCCUCCCUUCCAAGGGGUUUGGACUUCAACUCCCACCAUUCCUAACAGCCUCAGGCCCUUUCCUUUUCUCCCUCAGCCGCUUAAGCCGCUUCCUUUUUCCUUCUCUUUUCCCCAGCAUCGUGAUCUUUCCCAAGCUUUCCUGCCUCCUCAUGAUGUGGCCAAAAUACUUCAUCUUUGCCUCUAGCAUCCUUCCCUCCAGUCAGCAGCCAUUGGGCAUUUUAUCCUGGAGGAUGGACUGGUUGUAUCUUCUUGCAAAGGUCCAAGGCACUCUUAGGAUCUUCGCACCUAUAUAUUUUAUAUUGUGUUUUAUUUUAUGCUUUGUUUUUAGGCACUUUUGUGCUGUGUAAAACUGCCCUGAGUCCCUUCAGGGAGAUGGUGGCGAGAUACAAGAAUAAAGUUGUUGUUAUUAAAGAGAUAUUGACUCUAACCUGUAAGAUGUCCAGAGGAAAACGGUGACUAAAAGGAUCAAAGGUCCGUAGACCAAGAAGAAUCCCUCUGAGGAGUGUCUUAGCCUGCAGAAGAGAAGGUUGAGAGGAGAUAGGAUAGCGAUGUAUAAAUAUCUGAAAUGGUGCCAUAAUGAAGAGGGAGCAGGCUUGUUUUCUGCUGCCUUUGAAACUAGAACUAAGAGCCAUGGGUUCAAAUCCCAGGAAAGGAGAUUUCACCUAAACAUUAGGAAAAACUUCCUGACUGUAAGAAGAGCAGUUCAGCAGUGGAACUCCCUGCCUCCUCAGAGUGUGGUGGAUGCUUCCUCUUUGGAGGCUUUUAACAGAGGUUGGAUGGGCAUCUGUUAGGUGGCUUUGAUUGUGCUUUUCCUGCAUGGUGGGGUUGGACUAGAUAGCUUAUGUGUUCCCUUCCAACUGUUAUUCUAUGGGUUGUUGUGUGUCUUUCGGGCUGUGUGGCCAUGUUCCAGAAGCAUUCUCUCCUGACGUUUCGCCCACAUCUAUGGCAGGCAUCCUCAGAGGUUGUGAGGUAUGGAGAAAACUAAGCAAAGAGGUAAAUAUAUAUCUGUGGAAAGUCUAGGGUGAGAGAGGUCAGUGUGAAUGUGUGUAGUUAAUCACUUUAAUUAGCAUUGAAAAGCUUAUCUGCUGUCUUCUUCCUGCCUCUGGGGCAUCCUUUGUUUAGAGUCGUUAACUGCCCUAGGUUGAUUCAUGUCUGGAAAUCCUCUGUUUUUAGAGUAUUGCUUUUUAUUUACUGUUCUGAUUCUUGAGUUUUUUAAUACUGGUAGCCAGAUUUUGAUCAUUUUCAUGGUUUCUUCCUUUCUGUUGAAGUUGUCCACAUGCUUGUGGAUUUCAAUGGCUUCUCUGUGUAGUCUGACAUGAUAGUUGUUAGAAUGGUCCAGCAUUUUUGUGUUCUCAAAUAGUAUUCUGUGACCAGGCUGGUUCAUCAAAUGCUCUGCUAUGGCUGAUUUCUCUGGUUGAAUUAGUCUGCAGUGCCUUUCAUGUUCUUUGACUCUUGUUUGGGCGCUGCGUUUGGUGGUCCCUAUGUAGACUUGUCCACAGCUGCAUGGUAUCCGGCCACACAGCCCGAAAGACACACAACAACCCUGUGAUCCUGGCCAUGAAAGCCUUCGACAACACAUUGUUAUUCUAUGUUUCUAAAGGUGGUUCUUAUCCCUGUCAUGGUUAUCAGCAUUGCUUCUGGUUGCUGCUACCUUUGAAGCCUCUAGCAGGAAGGAAGAUCUGACCUAAAUAUUAGGAAGAACUUCCUGACAUAAGAGCUGUUCGGCAGUGGAAAAUGAACUGUCAGACCACGGUGAAGGUUUGUAAGCGGAGGCUAGAUGACCAUCUGUUGUGAGGGCUUGGAUGGUGUUCUCCUGCCUGGCAGAAAGGGGGUUGGAUUGAAUAACGCUUGCUGUUUUUCCAACUCUUAUGAUUUCUAACACUUCUGCUGUAACAUCAUGAUGUUAGGAAUUGCGGGAGUUGAAGUCCAAAACGCUUGGAGGGUCAAAUUUGCUUAUUCCUGGGCAAAAGGGUCAAAGCCCAACAGGGCUAGCAAAGACCCAGAAGGUUGGCAAAGCCUGGGUGAAGAGAAAGAAUGACUUUUUUUUGGCAGGAAUGACUUUUUGAAGAUCAAGUGGGAACAGCAGCUCCACAAAUCAGUACAAGCAAUGCACACCAAGUUUGAGCAGACACCAGAGGCCAUUCAAAUGGAUUGUGGUACAACUUCUGAUGGCAGCGGUCAUAGGCCUGCAGUGACCUCUCAGUCGGACUCUUCCCUGCCCUAUGAGUGACCAAAGCCCCCCUGAGAAAGAUGCCCGCCCCUGCCUCCCAUCCUUUCCAGUGUCCACUAGAAAGCUUUCUCUCAACCAGCGAUGGCCAGCCUUUUAGGCCCUGAGGAAGCGGCCAGGGCCUGGGGCUGACCAUGGGGCUGCAACAGGGCCCUCACCAGCGAUGACCCUCCAGGCUCCCACCCACAACCUCCAUCCUCUGGUCAAGACCCUGGUCAUUGCUGCUCUCCAGCCAAGAGAUGCCUUGCGUCCCCGACUUACCUCAUUCCCAUCUCCGAGCGGAAGGGCAAAAGGUCAUGGGCCGUGGCAGGCCUUGACCAGUGAGCUGGCGGGGCCGGGGGCACCAUGGUCAGCAAGGAGGAAGCAGGCCCCAGUCUGGGCUCCCCGAGCACGGCCCCCAAGGAGAAAGCCAUGACGGUGCGGUCGGUGCUGCUGCGACGUGACUCGCCGGAUACUGAGGGACGCGCACAACGCCGCCAGCAGCGGCCAGCUCAGCAGGUGCGCUUCAAGGACCUGGAGGAGAGCAUCAGCGCCGCCAAGGAGCCCCCCACCCAGAACACCCCUCGUGCCUCUGCCGCCCCCAAGCGGCGGGGGGCCAGCUCUGCCCGGAGGAGUUGGCCCCAGGCCCAGCCACCCCUGCAGCCCCCUCUCCGCAAGGCCUGCGCCAGCACCGCCAUCCAGACCUCACCCGGCCUGCGCAGACCCUCUUGGGCAGCCCCUCUCCGCAGCGGGAGCGCCUCUGAGGUUGCCUGCCUCUCUGCACAGAGCCAGCCCCCCACCCCCUCCGCCGCCCAGCUGUGCCCUCAAACUGGAACCACUCUGUGCCCAUUGCGGCCGCCACCACCGUACCCGGGCCAAGGGCCGGGCCUCUCGCUCAGCUCUGCUUCCCAAUGCAAGCCAUGUACCCCCUGCCCACAGCGGGGCAGCCCUCCCCCUUAUCCUCUUGCUCAGGGCCCCCUCCAGAGAGAUCCCCAUCUCUGGGACUCCUGCCCCCAGAAGGCAGCCCCCCAGGUCCCCCAUGAAAGCCCCUCUCCUCCUGCCACAUCAGGGAAACCACCUUCCCCAGCCUCCCCCAUGUGCCUUGGGGCCCAGCCGGCUGCUUGUCUGCCUCCCCAGAGCCGAGAGCCCUCUCCUGCCAUGGGGCCCAAGAGCCUCCUGCCAUCCAGGAUCCCGUGCCGGAGCCUCUCCCCGAUGCCAGCCGGGGCGCUGUGCCAGGUGCACAACCUGCUGCAGCUGGUGCCCAUCGGCAAGAGGCCAGAAGAGCAAGAGGAGGAGGAAACGCGCUCGUCGGCAUCACAGGGCGACAUCCGCUCCCGGCUGCGGUCCCUGGAGGGGGUGCUGGAGACCAGCCAGCAGACCAUCCGGGUGCUCCUGGGGGUCAUCCAGGACCUGGAGAGGAAGGAGGCCCAGCGGGACGGGCGCUGUUCCUACCAGACAGGGCAAGAUGUUGCCAACUGCGGCACAUGCCGGGACUGCGCUUGCGUCAUUUACAGCCUCUUUCUUGCUUUCCUUCCUUCCUUCUUUCUCUCCUUCCUUGCCUCCAGUGUGGAGCAUGACUUCCGGCAGCAGGAGGGCCGCCUCCAGCGAGUGCUGAGCACCGUCAAGGUCGAGCUAGGCCCGAGCAGCCCCCCAGCUUCCCCCGCGAUGGGCCCUCCGAGCCCCCCAUGCCAGCCCUUGCCGGUUGCCCGACUGUCCACCAAAGGAGAGGCCAGGAAGGCCUGGCGGAAGUGCUUCUGGUUCCUGUGAAGAGGGCUCUUUUGGGGGGGGGUUACAGCAGAGUCAGGACCCCCCCCCCUCAAUGAGGAAGAGGGAAGUGACAUCCUCCCCCUCUCUGCCAGCAGAUGCCCCUUCUUUGCAAUACAGUACAAUUACCAACCAUUUAAGUGGAGGAAGCAUAUAACUUCGGUACCUGAAGAAGCCCCAAUAAAGCCCCAGGAGAUGCCUGUUUUCA